AUGAGUUGCUGUAACUUCAAUAUACCGCCGUCUCCUCCUCGAGUACCGGUGGUAUCACCGGUAUCGGCCGCUUUACCGAAGUUCCCCAAGCUUCUGCAGCUAGACGCCAAAUCCUUUGCCAACGUUCUCAAAAUACUCGGCCCUGCUAAAGUAUUUCAAUUGUCCCAGUUAUCGGAGAGAAUACGCACGUUGAUCAAGGAUGCACGUAUCACAUUUGACCACGUUGCGGUUUGUUUUUCGUCAGACCAUGGCUCAAUAUCUUUCCGCAAUAAUUGGCAAAUGUCCCGUACUCAUUUUCUAUUUCGUACCAAAACCUGAAAAUUUUGCGGGAACGCGUCUCGAUCCGCUAAAGUUUGGAGAUCGAGAAAUCCAGUUGAUAAGCUUCACCAAAAAAACUCGAUUCAAUUUCAUCACUGACAGCUUUGAUGCUUGUGUGGAACCUUGUCUUCAGUAUUUCUCCGAAAUUUUCCAAUGUCGCGCUGGACUUGCUCAAGUCAAGUUGGGUUCUCAGUGCAAACCUCCGAAACUAAUCGAUUUCGCUAAGUACAAAAUUUUCAACGAUCGCCUCACGCUGAAGCUGACUGGAAACUUAAGUCGGUCUCACACGAACAUGAGGAACUUGCUUGACGAUUACGAACUUUUGGAUGGAAUCAUCAUUAAUCUCCCUAUCGACACAACUAAGUUCGAUCUGAAUGAGAUGUUCACCCUCCGCAACGUUUGCCUCAUGAAUGCUAAUUGGAUGACUCGUGCGUUCCUUCAGAGCGUGAAUUUCACUCGUCUCACGCUUACCUACACUAACCUCACCGCGCUUGAUGUCAACGCGUUCAUCCAGCAGUGGACACUUGGAAAAUGCAGCAAUCUGAAAAGACUCGAGAUUCUAAACAAUGUUGCAUUCAAUGCGGAUAAUCUUAAAAUCAACCUGAAUCUUCAGCCAUGGGAUCGGGGAAACAGAAAUCAAUAUUAUAUAAUGGACAACCAAUUCAAACCAUAUCUCCUGGAUCUGGAAAACGGCAAGGACAUAGAAGGUGACGGAAAACUCGCCACCCUGUUCCAUUCGGGUAAAAAAAUUUUGUUCGUUGUCUGGAACCGGCGGCAUUUUGAUCGACCAAUGCUAAGGGAAUCUGAAUAUUUUUUUGAUCCUUUCCACUACUAA